AUAUAAAGCACAAUACAUCUAAGAAAAACAAAUAAACGAAUUCAUUACAAACACGUAAAAACUAUAUACGUACAAAUUGUAACGUUGUAAGUGUUGUCCGAUCCUAAGAAAUGGAGAAUGGAAAGAAGAGAAUGGCUGUGCUAGUAGGAUGCAACUAUCCAAACACCAAAUAUGAGUUGCAUGGUUGUAUCAACGACGUCGUUUCGAUGCAAAAGGAUCUCGUUGAUCGAUUUGGGUUCGAUCCAAAAUCUAUUGAGCUUCUAGUCGACGAUGGUUCGGGUUCUAAAGCACUUCCUACGGGUGUUAACAUUAAGAUGGCACUUAAGAAGAUAAUUGAUGGAGCUAAAGCAGGGGAUGUCCUGUUUUUUCAUUAUAGUGGGCAUGGUACAUUACUCCCUUCCAAGCAUCAUCUUAAACAACAGGAGGAAGCAAUUGUUCCUUGUGAUUUCAACCUCAUCACUGAUGUAGAUUUCAGACAAUUAGUGAACGGACUACCAAAAGGAGCAAGUUUUACGAUUCUAUCGGACUCUUGCCACAGUGGAGGCCUCAUUGACAAAGAGAAAGAGCAAAUUGGGCCCAAUUCUUUGACUCCUACAACAAAACACGCCCAUAACUUGGAUCUUAAUAUUAGUCAGCCCAAGCCCAAAAAAAUCCAAGUUGAGUCCAUAACUGACCACUUAGCCUCUCUUACAAACAUGGUUGGGUCUGAAAUUGGGACCCACUUAACCACCCUCUUCGGUGAUGGUGCGAGUCUAAUGUUUCGCCUUCCUGAACUAGACCUGGAUGAGCAGUUUGGACCUCAUAGGCCAGACUCCGGUAUCUUGUUAAGCGGGUGCCAAACUAAUGAGACCUCUGCCGACAUGCCUCCUGUUGGGUCCAAUGGGAAGGCCCAUGGGGCCUUUAGCUAUGCGGUACAAUCUGUGUUCAAAGCCCAACAAGAUCCAAUAAGUAAUAAAGAUGUGGUGAUGUUGGCUAGGGAGGUACUUGAGAAAGAAGGAGUUGAGGGACAACACCCUUGCUUGUAUUGUAGUGAUGAGAAUGCUAAUGCACACUUCUUAAUGUGGGAUGCUGCACAAAGCAACAAGUGAAGUACUAUCUUCAGUCUUGAGUCUUUAUAAUCAAUAAGUGUCAAAACAAAAUUUAUUUUCUUUGACAUAGGAUGUGUUUACGUGAAAAUAAGCUUUAAGCAACGUUCUAGUCAGAUUAUCUCUAGCAAAUUUAACAAUUUAUGUGGAAAUUAUUUGAUUCACUAGUAUGUUUAAUCUAUCUAUCUAUCUAUUACUAUAUAUUAAAAGAGACAUCA